ACUGUCGCUACCCGCCUGCUGUUGGCCAUCCACUUUCGGUAGUGAUCAGGCCACUCUACAGCGCCGCUUUUGUCGCCAUCCGUCCCACAGGGGCCACGCCACAGCACUAUGCGCUGCCAUCGAUGGCGCUUCGCUGCUCAACUGGGCGGUUUACACAUACACAGUACCUUGGCUGCACGGGAGUCACAGGCGUGACAGUAACGGAACCCUAGUGAGCUGUACGUACAUGUACUGUACCGAAACCGUACGAUCCCUGGCGGUAACUCCGAGCUAUCCAGGGACAGCUGGCGCGCAAAGGCUUCCUGCCACGCUGUCAGCUUCUCGACGGAGCAGGCAGUGCAUGCACGAGCCAGCCGAGGGGAGGGCCUGAUGCGGGCUGGGCUGCCCGGACCAAUGCAAUGCGCCCUCUGCAGUGCACCGGACCAUGCGAUCGCAAGCGGCCGCGAUCCAGGGCGGGUCCAGCGAAGGGUCGCGCCGACAGCAUCAGGCGUGUGGCAGCAACGGAUAUUGGGCGGCCGACGGGGCUCCGCGGGUUCCCCAGCUGGCGCAGUCGCAUCCCAUCCCGAGCGAUGGAGGGAGGGCUGUGGGGGACAGGGCUGCACCCAGCUGAGCUGCCCAGACACCUCGUAGCCUCGCGCGAGCUCACCCCGUCACUGGACCCGUGCUGCUAGUUGGGGAUUUAGGCUAGCAGCCCAGCUCCCGAGGCAAUGCAGGAGAGAUAAGUAGCACAGGUGCCGGGUGUGAUCAGCAGUGCAGGGCGACCGCCGCGAGCACGCACCCUUCCCUGUGGCCGUUUUUCUCCCAUCUGAACCUUUUUUUUUCUCCAGCACCCAGCGGCUGGCGAUGGCAGUGGCGUCCGCCUUUCCCCGCGAGAUCAGCCUCACGGGAGACUCUCCCCCGUCCAUCCCCGCGCGCCUGCUGCGCCCCUUGCGCCGCCUCUGCUCCCUCCAGGGCGAGCUGUGGCAGGUGGCCGCUGACGCUGACUCCGCACAUGAUGCUGACGUGCAGGAGACCGCGUCUGCCACGUGUAGGCAGUGGAGGCUGAGGAGCGGCAUGAUGGGUCUUCAGCAGCGGCUGCUGCGGUCGCCCCCUCGACCUCGUGCGGGUGCUGCUGCUGCUGCCGGUGCUUCUGGCUCUGCUGCUGCUGCUGCUGCUACUGGUGCUGCCAACAAGGCUGUGAACCCGGCCAGUGGGCGAGGAAACGCAGAAGCCAAGCUGAGGAGGGUGCGACGCACUAAGGAAGAGGGAGCGCAAGCACACGGCCCCGAGGAGACACCACCGGCAAGGGAGGCCGUGGCGCCAGGUGGGUUGCUGACUGUGGGUGUGGGGAGGCGGAGUUUGAGGAGCCACAGCGACCGGCGGUGGCAGGGCGAGCGGAUCAAAUCCCUUGGGCUCAGCCCGAGGGGAGCAGGGCAGAGCACCGCAGGGCCGCAUGGGUGCAUGACGUUCCGCGUGUUGCCCGCUCGUGAUAGCAGUAGUGGUGCGGCAUCUGCUGAUGCAGGGGGCAGUGGCAGCAAGGGGUCUCCCAGGCUGUGGCAGGGUAGUGAGGCACCCUCUGCACGUCACGGUAGCACAGGGGGAGCGGCAGGCAGAGAGGUGCGAAGGUCGCCUUACUCCAGCAGCUUGCCCACCCGCGAGCGUGCCUCCUGCUGGCCGGAUGAACGCCUGGACUGCCGCUCGGAGGAGACGCCAAGAAGCAGCCGCGUGAACGAGGUGGCUGCGAGCAGCAGGGUAGAGGGAAGGCGCGUUUCCCGGGACCCCAUGGCGCCCGAUGCCCUUGCUGUGCCUCAACACUCGAGCAUCCGCCGUUACCCCUCUCAUGCCCCUCAUGCCUCUCAUGCCCCUCAUGCCUCUCAUGCCCCUCAUGCCUCUCAUGCCCCUCAUGCCUCUCAUGCCCCUCAUGCCUCUCAUGCCCCUCAUGCCCCUCAUGCCCCUCAUGCCCCUCAUGCCUCUCAUGCCCCUCAUGCCUCUCAUGCCCCUCAUGCCUCUCAUGCCCCUCAUGCCUCUCAUGCCCCUCAUGCCUCUCAUGCCCCUCAUGCCCCUCAUGCCCCUCAUGCCUCUCAUGCCCCUCAUGCCCCUCAAGCGUGUGCCCUUGGCGCGGCACGCCACAGGGGUGUGCCCGCAUCACCCACCCCCAAAGCUGCUUCCAUGCGAGAGAGGCGCCUAGGAUCCCCCACCCCUGUUCUGGCGCCCAUUGCACUCCGUGCACCUUCCAUGGGGCACCAUGUGCCCUGCCCUGAGGCGCGGCGAGGACGCACGCAUGCAAGGCACGGCAGCAUGAACUCUCUCCCGUCGCAAGGCACGCGCGGGCCAAAGGAACGGGCCGUAGACGCCCGUGCAGUGCGCUUCUACGGCUCUCCUGACCCCUGGGGCGGGUGUGACUACAGUGGAAGUGAUUGCAGUCUGAGUGCAGCUGAGGGAAGCAUGGGAGAGGGGGGUUGGGGGAGGAGCAGCAUGGGAGAGGGGGAGUGGGGGAGGAGUGUGACGUGGAGCAGCAGGGGGCAGGUGCUUGUGAGGCGAGGUGAGCCCGGGGGAGGUGCUCCUGUGAGCCCCGCGGUCACACUGUUCUCAUUUGACCGGCACCGCCAGCAGAUGAAUGCCCACGGGCACGUGCACGUACCGCGGGCUUUAGACUUCUGAGUUUUGACUCGAAUGGCAGCAAUAGUGGUGAAGGCUAGUAGUGAGGCACAAGUGUAGUAGCACUGACUUGCAGAAACGCUUGUGUGGUGAACAUUGGGACUCUAUGUACUGUAUUUUUGGAGGAA